CCCUAGCCUUGUUGCAUAUACACCACACUGCACUGGUGAUGCGAUCGUUGCGUGCCAAUUUUUUGAGUCGAGGUUGCAGCACUGCUUGGGAUAUCAUUAUCAAUACAUUUCGACACAGGUCGCGGAUUCGUUUUAUGAGAUUUAGGGAUAGAUAUCUUCAACAUUUGUUUUAAUUUUCCAGCUGAGGUUGGAGAAGCUAUUAUCGCCAAACUUAAAAAAUGGAGGGAGAGGAGCAGGAUACGUACUUUGGAGCAACGGAGGAAACGACUCCGGCGCCGGCUACCGAAGCGGGGACCGACGACCAGCCCGCUGUGUUGGAAGUAAACCAUAAUGACAAGGGCGGUGAGACGAAAAUCAAUAUGGACCCAGUUCUUCCUAACUCAGAGAAGUCCAAUCUUGGAUACGGCAGUGUCAAGAAUGGUCACUCUAGUCAGACCAAAGUCCAUCCAUCCUUCGCAAGAAGUUCUUCGAUCGAUGGAUCAGUCGUAUCCUUCCACGAUAUCACCUACACAGUCAAGACUAAAGAGAAUCGCAAGAAAGUGACGAAGACCAUCCUUACAGAUGUCAAUGGAUUAUUCAAGCCUGGUAUGAACGCCAUUCUUGGCCCUACCGGAAGCGGCAAAACAUCAUUAUUGGAUGUGUUAGCAGCUAGGAAGGACCCGGAUGGACUGUCCGGCCAAGUACUCAUAGAUGGCGCCACACAACCAAAGAACUUCAAAUGCAUCUCAGGAUAUGUGGUUCAGGAUGACGUCGUCAUGGGAACACUUACCAUCCGAGAGAAUCUUCAAUUCUCUGCAGCUCUCCGUCUUCCUAAGACGGUCGGUAAGAAGGAGAGGGACGACAGAGUGGAUGAUAUCCUAGCUGAGUUAGGCCUUUCGCAUGUUGGUGAUAGUAAGGUUGGAACAGAGUUUAUCAGGGGUGUAUCAGGAGGGGAGAGAAAGAGAACUAAUGUUGGAAUGGAACUCAUCACCAAACCAAGUGUUCUCUUCUUAGAUGAACCUACCACAGGGCUCGAUGCAAGCACUGCUAAUGCUGUAAUGCAUCUGUUAGCCAGUCUAUCCAAGAGAGGGCGCACUAUCAUUUUCUCAAUCCAUCAACCUCGCUAUUCCAUCUUCCGUCUCUUUGACAAGAUGCAUCUGCUAGGAAGGGGGAAGACUAUCUACCAUGGCCCAGCCCAAGAGGCCUUGGAAUAUUUCUCUUCAAUUGGUUUUGAGUGUGAAGAACACAACAACCCACCAGACUUCUUCUUGGAUGUUAUCAUUGGACAAUCAGAAGAUCGGAAGGAAUUAGAAGACGGCCAGGGUGAUGUUGAGCAAGGCCAAGCCGUCUUGGAUGAUGGAGUGAAGAGCAACAUCAACCUUGCAGAAUGCUACGGGGAGUCCCAGUACUACAGGACGAUGAAAGACGCUACUGAAGGCAUCUACAAUGAAUAUAGGAAUCAAGAAGAAACAAGCAUCGUCUCAAUCGACUACCCAACAUCCUUCUUCUCACAGCUGUAUCACGUUUCCCACCGAGCAGUACUGAACAUCCUAAGAAACCCAUUCCUCACUAUUAUCCAGAACAUGACUGUAAUUUUAUUCUCUGUUGUUAUUGGUGGAAUCUACUUUCAACUCGACACAUCUAUCGCAUCAGGAUACCAGAACAGAAUCGGUGCCUUCUUCUUCCUUAUCAUGCAGAUGGUAUUUGGUAAUUUGAGUGCUGUGGAAUUGUUCAUCAGAGAACGAGUUAUAUUUAUUCAUGAAUCAGCGAGUGGUUUCUAUCGCGUCUCGGUGUACUUUGUGGCCAAAGUCUUUUGUGAUUUACUUCCUCUAAGAGUGAUACCCACAGUUCUUUAUGUUGUCAUCACAUACUGGAUGAUCGGUCUGCAGCCAGAUGUAGCAAAGUUCUUCAUCUACUUCUUGACUCUACUUCUCGUCACAUUUGUGUCCAGUGCCCUCGCAUUUGCCAUCAGUUCCAGUGUAAGCAUUGCUGGCAUUGCUACUCUGCUCAUCGCGAUGUGCUAUGUGCUUAUGAUGGUGUUUGGAGGACUCUUAGUGAACAUCAGCUCCUUACCUGUCUGGCUCCAAUGGCUUCAGUAUCUUAGUAUCUUCAGAUUUGGUCUCAAUUCUUUACUAAUCAAUGAGAUGGUCGGUAUGGAGUUCUGUGAAACGGUUGGAAACGUCACCUUACGAUGCAUCCCAGGCACGGACUACCUCGAUCAGCAAGGGAUCGACUACAGCGACUGGGGCCUGUGGCAGAACGAGAUGGCUCUCGGAAUCAUGACCUUGGGACUCCUUGCCAUUGCUUAUAUUCAACUCCGACGAUUGCCCAAGGUCAAAUAGAUACAUAUUGGGUGAUAGCAAGCAGGCAUGGGUGGAGAUUCAUUUAAGCUACUUGUCACUUCUGCACAACUUUACGCAUAUAACUCACUGGCAUCCGAGAGAGCGCUUGGAGCUACGGACCUCCCAAAAGGUUCAUGACCAAGAAAAAAAUGGGAAAGGUAAAAUAUAAUCUUAUUUUCUGAAGAUCAUCUCAAAAUCUAUCAUAAAGUUAGAUUUGUGUGUUAAAAAAGGUCAACAUUUUGCAUGCUCUCUUGGAGCUUUUUCAAAAGAAAAUUCCCCCUUACACCAUGUCGAGCCUCCUCAAAAUCUUUAGCUCAUUGCACGACUGGUAUGACUGGUAGACAUAUUCUCACUGGAGGUGCAUGCUUAGACAUCUACAUAGCAAUAAACAGUGUUUGUGCACAACGCAUGAAAACAAUCUCACACAUGCCAGCUUGGCACUAGUUUCUAGAGCGAUAAAGAAAACGAUAUGAAAUAUUUUCAACAUGUAGUUAUUUAUGCCAGUCUUACUUAUUUAUGCCUUACUUGUAGAUACUAAAUCAUUCCAAAUUCAUGUCAUCUAUCUCGAUAACAACCAUUAACAGAUAUUUAUGAUACUUUUAUGAGAUAUUUCUACUCUUUGGGUCAAAAUUGCUUAGGUGAUGAUGUACAUUAACAGUGUAGAUGUAUGAAAAAAAAAUUAAAAAAUCAUAUCCCUGUAGACCUAUUCUCAAGAUUUAUUCGCUAUAUACAUAUAUAUUUAUUAAUAUAUCAUUGAAAAUUUGCAUUUUUGAAAUGUAGUUAAAGCUAUUUUGAACUCAAAGAAGGGUCAAGCCAUAUUUGUGGCCUUGAAGACAACUGUCUGUAUUCUGACAUAUGGUUUUAGUUAGGUCUAGGUCUGUUUUAAAGUUACGUAUAGCCAAUAAUUCUACGUUUCCUAUCAUUACUUAGCUCUUUCCUCAUGUUUUUAUGAUGAAGAGAACUAUUUCAGUAAUUAAUCCAGGGGUGUGUUUCACAAAGAUUUAAGUAUGACUUAAGUCGCACUUAAAUGCCGAUGCGUACAUGAUAUGCAACGCGUGAUCUUAUUGAUAGAUACUCAUUAGUGCGCGUCCUCAUGACAUGAUCUGACCGAUGCGGUCAAGCCUGUCAUAUCGAACACAACUCGGUGUUUAAGUGCGACUCUUAGUCAUACUUGAAUCUUUGUGAAACACCCCCCUGGUCAGUUACAAAUUAUUCGAGUGUCAGAGGAGCUGACAAAUUGGAACUUGGACUGUUCGAGAUACCUGUCACAAUUGGCUAUCCAUAGUCAUAACCACAUGUUUAGAAUAGAAUUUGAAUUAAAUCAGAGUUCAGAAUAUGGUCUGAAGCCUUACACUCCAAGUAUUAGUCUAGUGUAGUAGGUUUCAUGGUACACCACGUAUCUGUCUUGUGCAAGUGUUGGUCCACUUGCCCAAGAAAGAUACACGGUGUACCGUGAAACCUACUACACUAUUCUUCUUUGCCAUGGAAACCUUCAAAAGUUACAAGUAUUAGCCUAUGAAACAUUAAUAUGUUUAAGCAGGUCCAGGGUCCCAUUACACAAAGAUUAGUGAUUGAUCGCUAACUUGAAAGGCCAAUUCUGAUUGGUUCCUAGUCAGUCUACUGAGUAAAAUGUGCAUGCAACGAGGAUCGUGAUAGGCCAUUACAUUUAGUGAUCAAUCGCUGACCUUUGUGCGGAGGGGCCGGGUUCUGUUUUGCUCACUUAAAUUUGCUGUGAAAAUGUUUAUAAAUGUUCUUGAAAAUUCUCUCAAUGUUUACCACUUAAUUUGGUUACCUCAUGAAUAGCUGCAUGCCAACGACACACAUAGGUGCCCAAAGCCUGAACAAUAGCUCAUGUGCCUCAACCACUUUUUGCUGAUGUUCAGUGGUCUGUACUGUCAUUGGGAUUGGCAUUAUCAUAAUGUAGGGACGAGUCAGCAAACAUUUUUUGGUGGAUUUUAUUAAAGAAUAAAGUCAUUUUGAUAUAGAGGAGCAAUACAGUCUGUAUUCCUAUUGUGAUAAGUUUCUGAUUUAUAUGUAUUCAUCAUCAUUCCUGGUAAGUUGAAAGGACAAAAUGUUUCUAUGAUCACUGUUAUAUUAUGUUAUCUUUUUGUCGAGUAAUCAUGGCAUUGACUGUGUAUAUACUUUAAAAAAUACAAAAGAAAUAAUCAUUGAUAGAAUAUUUGUUGAAUUUUAUAUAUUUGGUGAUAUUUUGAUACUAACUCUAACUUACACGCAAAUAAUCAUAUAUUUUUAUUUUGCAGCACAAGUUUUAAGUAAUUACACUAUACUGAUUGUAAAUAUCUAUUAUUGAGUACUAAUUUUGGCUGUAUGUAUUUAAAGUCAUGAGCUUCAAUAAACCAAAAAUGUGCUAGAGACCAAAUACAUAUACGUAACGUAAAUGCAUGAUGAUUGUAAAACCAUUCUAUGUUUUGUGCUCUUGCUUGAUGCUGUUUCCCUUAAUAUUGUGCAAGAUGUUGUAGUUGGGUGUUAGGGUUAUUACAUCUUAAAUGCCACUCCUCCCCAUAUUUGAUUUUACUUCAGUAGCAUUUUUAGACAUGCCAACCGUUCCCUUUUUAGAGUAUUUGUGCCUCUUUUUUGCUAUGAAUAUGCCAAUACUUUUUUGUAUGAUUUGUUACUUUUUUUUAAAUAUCCGAUCUUGGAGUAAGUCUUAUACACAGCGCCCAACUCUAGCGCCGGUCCGACGGUCCCAGACUGGUAAAAAUCAGUGCCGGGCCAGUAUCUUGUUGCAUGAAAAGAACAAGUAAGUUCUUGCCUAUGAGCACAUGUUUAAAAUGUUGAAUCAUCAAGUUUUCAAGUAGUCAUUCAAAAUGUUUUUUGACAGGUUGGUGAUUGUUACAUUGAGACAAAUUUUAAAAAAAUACUCUUUUUUGUCAAAAAAUACUUAUUUUUUCAUCUAAGAAUACUUAUUUUUGUUGUAGAGGGUUGGCAGAUAUGCAUUUUCUGAAUCCAUUUUUUUUUAGAAUGUAACUUGCCAUAUAAUUGAUAAUUGUCCGAAAUCUGUUGAAUAAGAUGUGAUAAUUGUUACAAUCUUAUAGGUUAGGAUUAAGUUUUGGUAUAUGUUUAGGGUGUCAGUUGUAUUUCUUUUAAAUUCAGACUUGUUUCAGGUCAAAGAAAAGUUCAAAAUUAAUUUUUAAGUUUUGUUUACAAGUAAGGUCGCACUUGGGGUUUUUGAUUCAGUCUAAGUGCAGCACUAGAGUUAAAAUUUCAUUUGGAUCAUUUCUUUUAUUAUUAUUAUUGUUUGGUUUUUAUGCAAUAGGUUUUCAAGUUAGGAUUAGGUGUAAGUGUGUUACCUAGAAUCAAAUGUAGAAUUAUGAAUAAUUUAGGACAUUGAGAUAUUGAAAGCAAUAUUAAUUGUUGGCAUUUGUGUAAUUCCAUUAUCGAAUGUUACACGUGAUCAGUCCCUAAAAUUGAGUGUACAAAGUAAUACAUUUACCUCUCUUUUCAGUCACCAUGCUUUCUGUGAAAAGGGUUAUCUUUCAAAUGAGUUGACCAUGUUCUAAUGAUAUGAAACAUUCUUUAUGCAAGAGUUGAUUUUAUUGAUAUAUUUAUGAUAAUAAAACUUUAAAAUGGCAA